AUGCCACUUUCAUUUGAUUGGCCGUUUCCAGAAAGACCAUCAAUAUUUUACAAGACAGCUUCGACUUUAACAAUUGGCCUUGUUGGAUCAUUUAGCAGAUUUUGGAUGAGUGAAAUUCUUCUUGAUGCUGUACUAAAUCGAAAUCCAGAUCGAGCAUUAAUUACUGUGGCUAAUCAUCAUUCAUGUAUGGAUGAUCCAUUGUUGAUCGGUACAUAA